AUGAGUGGACAUUUAUCUGUUGGUGAUCGUUGGCGUAUUGUUUCAUUAUACUACGACGAAGGAAAUAAUGUACAUGAAAUAGCUAAUUUAGUUGGUUGUGCUAUUCGAACAGUUUAUCGUAUUCUUGAAUUAUUUGAAGAAACCCAUAAUAUUACUGAACGAAACGGACGUGGUCGUCAUAUGGCGCUAAAUAAUGAUGAAAUUUAUACAUUAAGACAAAUUUUGUAUCGCUACCCCAAUGAAACUUCAAGUAAUAUUGUCAAUAGAUUUUUACGACGUACUGGUCAAUUGGUCCCUGCUCGAACUAUUCGACGUUAUCGUCAAAUGUUAGGUUUUCGUCCAGUCCAUGCACGAACUCAAGCAUUCAUUACAACUAUACAUGCUCAACAACGAUUAGAUUUUUGUUUGUCAUACGCAACAAAUCAAUGGCGAAACAUCAUCUUUAGUGACGAAAAAGCAUUUGUAGUUGAUGUUUCUGGUGUAGUUUAUUAUAUUCCACGUGGUCGUCAGAGACCAAUACAUUUCCAAAGUCAAGUUCGAUAUCGUGUGGCAAUUUUUGGCGCAGUUUGGUACAACGGUCGUUCAAAUUUAAUUUUCAUUAAUGAUCGAACUAAUACUACAACGUAUGUUGAAUAUCUACAGGAAGCACUAAAUGGACAUCUACAUCGUCUAAGACACUAUCAUUUCGUACAUGAUCGCCCUAGAUGGGCGCAUACUACACUAGCACAUGAUUGGUUGGAAAGUAAUCAUAUUCGAUGCAUGGAUGACUUUCCAUCUGUUAGUCCUGAUCUUAACGCUGUUGAAAGCGUCUCGUCUUGGUUGAACAAAUACGUACAAAGCCGACAUCCGAACUCUCAACGCCAUUUGGAACGCUUGGUGCAACGGGCGUGGAAUGCAAUACCUCAAGUCGUCAUUCGCGGGUACAUACGUCAUAUACCUGAUAUUUGCAAUCAGAUAAUAGCUAACAAUGGCUGGCAAAGUAUAGGAUAG